UUCGGAAGUGCUAGAAUGUGGAGGGGGGGUUCAUUCCUCAAAGUAACUCGUGGCCUUACUGCCCAUAUAAAAUCCGUCAGGGUGGUGGCAAUCAGGACAUUUGGAGAAGCAGACAAAGAUUUAAAGACUAGGAAUCAAGACAUUUGGCAAAACAAAGAAUAUUAGAGGAGCCAUGGGGGCUUUAUUUGUUCAAUACACUACUUUCGCAUUUCUUCUUCUUGCAGUGAUGGAGUCCAUUGGAAGCCCAGCUUACGGCUCCAUCCUCUCCUCUGACCUCUCUGAUUUAAAGGUAAGCGAGACAUGGCCAGGAUUAUUAUAAAGAGUGUCUGUUGUCCAAUUUGGGAAUUGUGGAGAAUUAAAAUGGGAAAUUUAAAAUUUAGGCCAAUAUAGCAGAGUUUCUAACUGGAUUUAGGACACUGGACUCAGGUAGAGGAAUAUUCUGUGAAAAUUAAAAGGGAAUGUUUAAUCUGAAACUAUACUGACUUUUAUUCCUGGGAUUUUAACUGAAUAACAAAAUACACUGUGCAAUAUAUAUAUAUAUAUAUAUAAAUGUAUGAUAGAAGAUAGCACUCCAGGGACUCCGUAUUCUUUUAAAAAUAAAACAACAUUUAAUUUCAAUUGUCCAUAAAAAAGUUGACUUUCAGCCUCUGAAUAUAAUUUUUUUUUUUAUAUAAAACUAUAUUUGUGAAAAUAAGAUAAGAAGAAAACUGUAUAUUUUUCUGUGUGUAUUAUAUGGAACUCUAAAUGAAAGAGCUAUAUAGAUAGACUUUUACAAUUUCAUAAAAAACAGCUUGGGAGGAUGGAGAGAUAUAGGAGAUAUUUUGUUUCAAUUAACAGAAUGCAAUGUGUUGCAUAAUGAACUUCAAAUUAUCAUAUUUAAUAUAGAUAUUAAUAGACAGACAUAUUUAACAAGAAAUUGGUGAGUGGAAACUAGUUUAGUUAAAUAAACACACGGUCUACAUAUGUAAAAAUCAGAAAAUCUAAAUCUUAAAAUAGCAAUAUAACAAAUAAAACCAUUAAAAUCUGGAUGGAUGAGAGAAUAUUUAAAUACAUUGUAAGAAGGGGGUGAUUUAUAUUGGAAAGUACUCUUUACACAAGUGGGAUUGUGGAUUUUUAUGUUUAAGUUACAAAUCUAUACUUUCUUGCAUUUACAUCUCCACCGUAGCCUUUCAGAAUGAAUUCUCUAGUCCUACUUGUGUAUCUGCCCUUCAUUUUUACCCAGCUCCCCAUAAACUAAUUCUUUAAACCCUUUCCUAAGCAAAAAGUCAAUUCUGUGGCCACAUAAAUUAACAAUACAGCUAAUAUAGUUAAAAUUAUUUUUCCCAUGACAAAGAUCUAUCUUACCUGUGAAAGUCUGCUUUUGGAUUGAUAGAUUUACCUUUUAAUAAGUAAGACGCCUUGAGAUUUAAACAAUGUAUGUGAACUUUGUGGUUGAUACAUAUGAAUUCAAUAUAAUUUCAAUAUUCUCUACAUCAAAGUCUUCUAAAACUAUUAGAACUAUAUUCCUGAGAAUAUUCAGACAAACCGUACAGCGAGAAUGGUCAUGCUGGGUCAUUAAGAGUUUGUGUAGAGUGUAUAUACACAUAAUUGUUUUUAAUAGAAUUUAAAAAAAAAUUGUGGAAAUGAUAGAAGAGUAGCUUUGACAUUUAGAGGAACGUUACCCAAGAUGACACUAUAGCUUCCAGUGGUCACACCGUAUGAGAAUUAGAAACAUUACAAAGUAAUAAUUGACAUGAUUGAUUAGGCCCUCCAUUAACAUGUUCAUUCUUAACUGAACAGAGUGACACUUGGUUAACAUGUUACAAUGUGCUUCCACCAGGACAUAUUAUCACGCUUGGAAGACAAACUUCCUUCUGAGGAUGUUGAGGCCCCAUCACCAGACUUGUUUGCCCAGAAUUAUGACACAGUUGACUUGUCAAAUUCAGCUCCUUCCUGGACUGGGGAAGCUUCAAGACCUCAGUCAGAUUUGGCCUAUAACAAAGGGUCCUGGGGGCCGCCAGAUAAAUUGUCCCCACUCAAGAACAAACUACGGGAACUUCUCAACGUUCCGAGGAGCAUGAGAAGAUCUGACUGCUUUGGAUCCCGGAUCGAUAAAAUCGGAGCACAGAGUGGCAUGGGGUGCAAUAGCAGACGGGUGAGAGGCUAUUGUUUCUGAUGGGGAAGCGGUGUUCAUGUAUUUUACUGAAAAGUAAUUCAAUGGGGACAUAAUUUAUUUCUGAGCUACCUCAAUAAAUUAUAAAUAUAAUGAUAACCUCCAGAAAUAAUUCCUUGUGUGCCAAAUAACAGAGUAAUGUAAUUAUAUUUUGGGGAUUUUGUUGCAGACAAUCUUUAUACAUGCCGUAAAAAAAACCAAAAAAAAAACCGCCAAAAAUAUAAUGAGGCCUAUCAAAUUUAGCAUUAGCUUCUAUGCCAUUAUUUAAUACAUCACCCCGCAUAUAGAUAGUACAUACCGGACCUUCAUAAACCCUAGACCCUUGCUAAGCUGCUUACGGGAAGAAUGAUUAUUAAUUGUGAUAUUUUUAGAAGGCCAAUGUUUAACCCCUUAAUGACCAUUGGCAUUUUAUUCGUGGUGUGCUUUCAGUAAGAGGACAGAUUGUUAUUAAAGUAUAGGGUGUACGUUACUCUUAACUGGUUAAAAAGAUUAUAACAGGUUUUUUAGACUAUUUGGGAGUUGGGCAGAAGUUUUUGAGUCAAUAUAAGUUCAAAUGGUUCGCAUGAACUUUUCCAAUUAUGUUUGUAAUAUACAACCUCGGGUAAUUGUAUCCCCACUUUACACUCUUUCAUUCUAUUGUUUCCCAAAUCCAGUCCUGAAGGACCACUUAUAGACGGGGAUUAACACAUUUAACUCAAGGAUCACUAAGUAACCCAUCUGUGCUCAAACGUUGGGUUAUUUCUUGAGUGUUUUUGAGAACAGGAAUUGACAAAAAUGGUUUUGCAGUAUAUUGGUUCUCAGAUGAAUCCUUUAGGAUGAUCUGUGGUCCAGGAGUUCAAAAUCGAAAGCUUAACUCUUUCAGACAUUGCUGUAGAGGGCAACAAUAAUCAUGGUAAAUUACACUACUGGAUUUUAUCAAGUUAAGUACAAAGACUUGAGAAGUUGUGGUUUUAUAAAAUUCUGGCCAUUAUCAUCAAGAUCACAUGCUACACGUUACCAACAUUAUAUUCCGGUCUGUGCCAGCAUGGAAUAUCCAGCUUUAGCAGAUCUUAACAGAAUUCCAUUCUGAAAUAGAAUCUUUAAAGAUCAGAUUGAUUGGAUGUCAUCUUUCUCUAGAAAGUAUUUUGGCCAUAUUUAGCCAUCCUGUGCUAUUUUACUAGAAUAUAUGUUCAAUAGACAUGGUCAAAAAAAUACUUCACUAAAUUAACUCAUCUUCUUUUCUUUAUAGUUUUAAAGAAAGCACUCCGAGAUAAGAAAAGCCCAGAUGACGACGACCAAAGAGAGGGUGAAGGGUUAAUGUAUUUACAGACACUGUGCACCUAACACAAUCUACGUCAUUGUUUCAUUCAUGUGCAAAAUCUAUUUAUUUUUUUACAUGUAAAAUUUUGACAGCUCACAAAAACGUCACUAUUUAUUCAGAGUGAUUUAAUAGUAUCACAUCCGGAGGCUUGUGACGCAUUGCAGCAGAGAAAGUGUUAAAUCUUCAGGACCUUGGACGAGUUAAAACACAUUUUAUUCCUUAUUUUUUUGUUGUUGUUCCAUUCUUUGUUGUAUAGUGAAGAAAAAUAAUAAAGGAUGCUUUCUACAAGCCUCAUGUUGCCAGGGAUUAUCUCAGGAGUCUGUUCGUUAUCCUUGUAUCGCUGACUGAUUCAUUCUCUGUUUUUUUAAAAAUCACGGCCUGAGUCCGAUUCCCUCUCCCAGCAUCAACAUUUUAAUGGGCUCUGCACCAUAUCCCCCUAGACGCUACAAAACACUGCGAAAAGGCCUUAAAAAUUCACCAAUACUGUAAUUCUUUGUGCUGAUACAAACAAAAACCUUAAUUCUGUUUGACAGAGUAGAAAGUAGACAUGAGGCAGAGGGGUACUAUAAUCUUACUAGUUUCUGGAGAUGUCCAGCACCUCGCUAUGUUCUUGCUGAGCCAACGCAUUUAAUGCCAAAGGCAAAAAAAAACCCCAAAAAACACAAAAAUUAUUGUAAGAAUGACAUCAGUUAUUAUGGUUGGGAAUGGAUUUAUAUGUGCUAUAACACUGAGUGACACAGCCCUGACAAUCAGAGGGUUAAUUCUUUGUCGUUUUGGUAGCGUUGUACAAAUCAUUAGUUGGCUAACAGGGCUCCUUAAUUUGCUCUCGAGAGUUUAAAAUAUAGUAUGACGUAUCAGAAAGACACAUUAUCAGUAUAACACAAACUGCUGAAGCAGUGUCCAAAAGACGGCGCUACACAAAGGAGAAAAUAAUGUGAAUGUGCAAUAAAAUGAAAAUGAAGAAUUUCAUGAUGUGCUUCAAAACUUUUUUCACUGUUAUUUGAAGAUAAG